GAGACGGGGGAAGGAAGCAGAGGGGAAACGAGCGGGAGCUAGAGGUGGUGGGCAUUUGGAUAGAGUAGUGGGCAUUUGGGUAGAGGUGGUGGGCAGCUGGGCAAGGGCGUGUUGGCGCCCCCCGCCCCUCUCUCCUCUCCCGGGGACAGACACAUCCCUCUCCAGCUCCGGAGGAGUCCGUGCCCCUCGGCGGUGCCCACCCACCCACCCGCCCUCCAUCCCCCGGGCCCUGGCAAGAUGUGGCAGCCCGCCAGCGAGAGACUGCAGCACUUUCAAACCAUGCUGAAGACAAAAUUGAACGUCCUGACGCUGCGGAAAGAGCCUCUGCCCUCAGUCUUCUUCCAGGAGCCGGAAGCCAUCGAGCUACGCACCCCUACGCCAGUACCGAAGGCCCGGGCACGCAGCGGAUGCAAGGUCACGUAUCUGGGGAAAGUCCCCUCCGUGGGCCUGCAGUUUUCACCUGGAUGCACGGAGAAGGCGGUCGUCGAACUCUGGAAGCAGCGCGCACCGGCCAGAGAUGACCCCGGCCGGGCCAACGCCAUCCUGGAAAUCCGGCCCUUCCAAGUCUGGCUCCACCACCUGGACCUCAGAGGGGAGGCCGCCGUCCACACGGACACCUUCCAGGUAGCCCGCAUCGCCUAUUGCACGGCCGACCACAAGGUCAGCCCGAACCUCUUCGCCUGGGUGUAUCGGGAGAUGGAUGACAACCUGUCCUAUCAGAUGGAUUGCCAUGCCGUGGAGUGUGAGAGCAAGCUGGAGGCCAAGAAGCUGGCUCACGCUAUGAUGGAGGCCUUCAAGAAGACGUUCCACGGCAUGAAGAGUGACGGCCGGAUCCACAGGGACGGCUCUCCUGAAGAAGCUCCCCGGGAACUGGAGCCCGGAGACGGCUGAGCGUCUGGGCCCUCGGCUCGGCCGAGGCGGAAACCGUCCGGACUGGGAGCCGAUGGACGGAGGAGCUAUUCACGCUGGGUGGAGGGUUGGGGGGUGGGGGGAUCUGAGUCUUUGACUCAUCGAGUCUUUUUUACAAAUCAAAAUGGCAAUCAAGAACUCAAGCGGCAUUAGAGUAAUUAACGUCCCAUCGAAAUCCACUGCUGCUGCUGGGGACAUGAGAACCGGGGUUUGGGGGGUGGGGUGGGGAAAAUGCUUCUUUUUCUCACAAUUUUCUCUCUUCUUUCCUCUGGCAAACCCAUUACCUGAACCGGAAGGCCUUGCCUUCCCUCCAGAUACCCCAAGGCCUGGCUUUCAGGCUUCUGCUUGGAUUCAUUCCCGUCUGCCCAGGAAGCCUGUGGUGGAGGGAUACAGGGGAGAGGGAUCUCUGGCCAGGCCCCAGCAGCUAGUGAGAUAGGGAAUUCUCUGGGAUGGUGACACAAUCCAUUUCUACCCCCUGGGGGUUUCCCCCCUCCCCCCCCCCGCCACUGGCAGCCUCCAGCUCUCAGCGCUCCAGCCCACUGCCCACUGGCAUUAAAAUGAUGCUUUUAUUUACCCCAAUAUAGCAAAUAGUAUCUCUCAGUUUAGCCACUUUAGUUACUCUUUUAGUGCCCCACAGCCAUUCCCUGCCCUCCAUCCCACCCCAUGGCCUCCCCUCAGCCCACACCACCAACCCCGCUAGGGAAAGUCCAAGGUAGGGAGGGUGUAAUGCCUUGAAAUCACACCACCUGGGACCUGGCCAAGGGUCUGGGCUGAGGGAGGAAUUGGUUGGUCCAUCAAGUGAAACUUCCACAGCUGGACCCAAACUUAGCUAUUAAAACUGUUGGAGGAAUACCUUUUCUCUUUGGCCAGGCCAGUGGCGUCCCACUAGCCCCCAAACUGGUAACCAGUUACUGAUAUCACCUUGAGGAGCCAGAGCCAAGGAUUUCUAGAGGGGUUAUAACCCUUUCCCCUGAAGUAUGACGGUCCGGUGAGCUCCUUGUGAGCAGGAUUCCUGUCUACCAACUUUGUUGUGUUGUAUUCUCCCAAGGGCUUAGUACAGUAUUCUGCACACAGUAAGCACUCAAUAAAUACCAUUGAUUGAUUGAAAUACUCUCAGCCUGCCCAGGCUUCUCCCAUGGGGCCAAAAGAUCCAUCAGUGUCCUAAGGGUGGUCCAGUCUGGGGACGUGAAACAGACUGAUUACAGUGAGGCCAUUUUGGGCCGAUGUAGUUGUCCUCAAGUAACACUUCAUCUCUAAGACAGAUUGUCAUUAAUCCUGGAAAUAUCAAGGGCACUGGACUCCGUACUGAACCCUCAAGUGAGAGCUAAUCUAAUGGAGAUGGCCACGUGUCUAUGUUCAUCGUGGGACUCUGUGUGUAUGCAUAUGUGGGGAGGGGCAAGGGUGUGUCCAGUGAAAAAGCAUGUAGAAUAAAUGUGGGGACAUGUUGAAGAGAACUUGCACCUCUUGAAAAUAUGCUUGCUGGUUUACCAUGAAUGUAAACUGUUCUCUAGCAUAAAUACAUUCUUACUUUAAUAAAAAAAGGUUCGCAUUGAAACUAACU